AUGUUAUUCCAACGCAACCGCGUCGGAGCAGAAAUGUUCUUUCUGGAGGACUGUGUCCUUCCUGUCCAUUUUCACAAUAUCGACCGAACGGAAAGUACCACACGAGAAUGGGAGCGGGCGGAAAACAAUCAGCCUCAUCGCAAUCCUCCUCCUCCGGGCCCAGCGGAUGGCACGUCACUAAUGCCCCUGGGCUCUCCCUCGAGUUUCAGUCUUUGGGGGUGUGCGGAAGAGAUGGAAGGCAACUACCGCUUUCCACAGGGUCCAUCCUUUUAUUCCAAGCCCUGGGAAAUGUUGAGUGUUGGAGAAGCAUCCCCUCCUUUCUUUUCCAUCAUCAGCUUCUUGGAGGUUCCAGGCCCCCAGAGCAAAACGUUCCCAAGUUCCCAGGGAAAAACUAGCUCAGGGAAAGGACAUUUGCGUCUGAACGAUGCUCCGGGUUUUAAGGAUCAAAAGGAGGAAUCAUCCGCUGUUCGGAACGCGAUGUUUCGGCCUAGGCUCCUUGCUGUCUUACUGCAGUGGGAUUUUAUCCAGCUGCUGGUGGCCCGGGACACGACAUUCCAAAUCCCCCCUUGGAGUUUCACAUGGUCGUGCAUGGUCCCAGACCAAACCUCGGAAUUCCCCGUGUCCGUGGCGGGGUCGUGGAGCGGUCACCGGCUGACUGGGGACCAAGGGGCCGUGGGUGCGAGCUCUAACUGGAGCGAUGCUUCCCUGGCCUGGUUGGAGUCCAAGGACAACCUCCGCUGCUGCCUCUGGAACAGUCAACGGAAAAAUCGUUCCCUGCCCAGAGCUGGCCUAGAAGAGAAGUCUUGCAUUUCUUCACCAGUACCCACCUCUGCCCUUCAGCCAACUGGUGCAAGUUGGAACAUCCUCUGUUGGACAAAAGGAGACUUAAAGACUUUUGUUUGUCAUCUAACGGCAUUUUCUAAGACAUCUUUCAAGAGUUAUGACUUCAGGCUUCACCUUUUCUACAUCCUGUCAGAAGUGCCCCCAGAAGACUCACCGACAAUGCCCCAGAAAGGCAGUUUUAAUGUCGUUCCGUGCAACUGCCAAGUUCCCGAGGGCUGUGAAUGUGAAAUCCCUCUGCCUGCCACGCAGCUCAACUACACUCACAUCCUGUACUUGGAAAUCCUAAAUGAAGCGACAUCUCUUCAGUCCCCUUUCAUGGCAACUCAACCCAUCAACGUAGUGAAGCCCGAUCCGCCGAUCCGUUUGCAAAUGGAGAUGGUAGACUAUCGGCAGCUGAAGGUCUCCUGGUUAAGCCCAGCCUUGGCACCCUACCCGCUCCAGUACCAGGUGAAGUACUCGGUGAACGCCACCAAGACGGCAAGGCAGCAGGUUGCCGAGGUGGUGGCGGCCACCUCCUUGUUGGUGGACGACGUUCUGCCCGGUUCUUCCUACGCAGUUCAGGUCCGGGCCAAGAGACUUCGAGGUCCAGGUCUCUGGAGCGACUGGAGUCUUUCCCGCGCUCUCAACAUACAAGAAGUCAUGUACUUCCCCCCUAAAAUUCUGGCAAGCAUUGGCUCCAACGUUUCCUUUCGCUGCAUUUAUAACAACCAAAACGAGAGCAUCUCUUCAAAGAAGAUUGUCUGGUGGUUGAAUUUAGCCGAGAAAAUCCCCCCGAGCCAGUAUCAGAUCAGGAACGAUCACGUGAGUGAGGUAACCCUUCUCCGCCUGAACGCCACGAGACCCAGAGAAAAGUUCAUGUACCACGCGGUGUACUGCUGCCAUGACAACGAGUGUCAUCACCGCUAUGCCGAACUGUACACAGUAGAUGUCAACAUCAAUAUCUCAUGUGAAACUGAUGGCCACUUAACAAAAAUGACCUGCAGAUGGCCAGUGGACCCAAAGACAUUGCUUACAGGAAGUACUUUGCAGUUACGAUACUACAGGAGCAGUCUCUACUGUGCUGACUCUCCGAGCGCUCACCACGCCACGGAUGCAAAAGAUUGCCGUUUUCAGAACAACGGUUUUUAUGAGUGCACAUUUCAACCCAUCUACCUCUUGUCGGGAUACACAAUGUGGAUAACUAUUAGUCACCCAUUAGGGACCCUGGAAUCUCCACGAAAGUGCGUGGUUCCCGACUCUCUGGUAAAACCACUGCCUCCCUCCAGUAUUAAAGCAGAAAUCACCGUCUACACGGGCCUGCUGAAUGUAAGCUGGGAGAGACCGACCUUUCCUGAGAACCAUCUGCAGUUUCAGAUCCGCUAUGCCGGGCGGGGAAAAGACGUGCAGUGGAAGACGCAUUUCCAUAGCCCUAGGGCCAAGUCCGAAUCUGCCAGCAUAGAGGUUCUGGACCUCUGUGUGGUGUACAUCGUUCAAGUUCGCUGCAAGAGGCUGGACGGGAUGGGAUACUGGAGUGAUUGGAGCAAUCCAGUCUCCACGUUCGUCAGGGACAUUAAAGCUCCUUUAAGAGGACCUGAAUUUUGGAGAGUCGUUCAAGAGGACCCCGGGAAGAAAGCGAGAAAUAUCACUUUAUUCUGGAAGCCGCUGACGAGAAACCAGUCUCUGUGUAGCGUGAGAAGCUACUGGGUGCAUCAUCAGACGUCCAACCAAGUGACCUGGACCCACGACGCAGGAAACGGCACCAAAUCCACCUUUCCCUGGACGGGGCAGGCCCACACCGUGUCCGUCAUCGCCACCAACUCCGUCGGCUCUUCCUCGGCCAAUUUCAACUUGACGUUCUCACAGCCCAUCAGUGAGGUGGACAUCGUGCAGUCCCUUGGGGCUUACCCUUUAAACAGCAGUUGCGUGAUUCUUUCCUGGGUACUCUCGUCUCACGGGUACAACCUGAAGUCCUUUGUGAUCGAAUGGAAAAAUCUUAAUGAAGAUAAUGAAAUGAAAUGGCUCAAAGCGCCCACCAACAUUAACAAAUAUUAUAUUCACGACCACUUCAUUUUCAUUGAGAAGUACCAGUUCACUCUUUACCCGGUGUUUCUGGAAGGAGUUGGGAAACCCAAAACCACCGACCAGUUCAUCAGAGAUGAGAAUGAAAAGCGUCAGAGUGAUGCUGGGUUGUAUGUAAUUGUGCCGAUAAUAAUUUCCUCUUCAGUCUUACUGUUUGGGACAUUGCUGAUAUCACACCAGAGAAUGAAGAAAGUGUUUUGGGAAGAUGUUCCGAACCCCAAGAACUGUUCCUGGGCCCAAGGGGUGAACUUCCAGAAGCCCGAAAGCUUUGAGCAGCUUUUCACCAAGCCCCCGGAGGCCGUAGCCUUCGGCCCCCUGCUCCUGGAGCCCGAGGCGGUCUCAGAGGACGUCACCGUGAACAGCCCGUGGAGCGGCGAGGGGGAGCAGUACUCGGCCGCCCAUGCCUCGCUGCUGCUGCUCGCCGGGACCGGAAAGGCCCAGCCCGGCUCUGCCUGCUCCAGUGGCCCACGGGCCGGCUCCGGCUUCUCGGAGGGCCGCGGGCCAGGGAGCCCUUGGCGGGCGGCCCGAAGGCCCUCCAACGUCAAGUACGCCACCCUAGUGAACAACUCCAAGUCGGGAGGCCUCGACGAGCCGGACAGGGGGGCCAGCGGCUCUCUGGGCUCUCUGAGCAAGAGUUCCCUCCUUAGGGUGGCCCAGGACAGGGAGGCCGAGGCCCGUCCGUCGUAUCCGCUGCCCUCCUCCAGUGGCCUUUCGGAAGCUAUGGCUCAGGGGGUCCGCCGUCCUUGGGACGGCGGCCCCGGGCAGCCUCUUUACUGCCCCAGCCUCCCCCUGGGGAGGAGCGGCCAGAACGAGGCCUUAGUCCCGGAAUCCCCCAGGCCCACGCCCGGCCCAUCCGCUGCCGGCACCGGCGGCGGGGGGUCGCCUCGGGACGCUGGCUCGGAGUUCAACCCCUUCGUGGAACAAGGCCCCCAGUUGGGCGCCCCUGGGAAGAGGACCUUUGUCUCCUACAUGCCCCAGUUUCAGCGGAGCACCCACAGAGCCCAGGAGGCCAUGGAGAGCAAAACGUGUCACUUGUCCGCAUAA